UAUCUUUCCGACUGGAAACUUGUUCACGAAAUAAACGUUUGCUUUGGUUUCUUGGUAUUUCUUAGCUCGCUUUAGCUGCGUUAUUGGUGAAAUGUCCGAAGCCUUGCUGCAGUGGUGCGUGGACCAAUUACAUCACAAAUUUGGCCUGGAGGCAUGUGAAGACAUUGUCCAGUACAUUCUCUCCAUUGAAAAACCUGAGGAGAUCGAGGAGUACGUGGGAGAUCUUCUUCAGGGCACUGAUGGAAAAAAAGGCCAGUUUAUAGACGAACUCCUAUUCAGAUGGAAGAAGAGUCAAAGACAGAGUGCAGAUACAGCCGGUCUUUUCCUUCUCAAAGAGCCCGCUUCACCAACAGAUAUGCAAGACUCCACCAAAGAUACCCAGAAGAAGUCCAAACGUAAAGGACGUAACAAACAGGAAGUGGUGACUGGGAGCCAAACAGAGCCUGAACCAGAGCCAGUAAAAACCCCCAUGGAUCUGAUGAGGGCCCAGGAAAACAGCAACACUUCUUCAACUAAGAAGAAAACCAAGUUCGUCAAUCUCUACGCUAAAGAGGGUCAGGACAAGCUGGCUGUUCUGCUUCCGGGUCGGCACGCCUGCGAGUGCCUCGCCCAGAAGCACGCGCUCAUCAACAACUGCCUCAGCUGCGGGCGAAUUGUGUGUGACCAGGAGGGCUCGGGACCCUGCCUCUUCUGUGGAAGCCUGGUCUGCACUAAAGAGGAGCAGGAGAUUCUACAGCGAGACUCCAACAAAAGUCAAAAACUCAGAAAGAAGCUUAUGGGAGAUGCUGGAGAAAGGGAGCUUCUUCCGCAUCAGGAAGCCAAACUGAAAGCCGGGCUGGAGAAAGCAGUUCAGCACAAAGACAAACUGCUGGAAUUUGACAGGAACAGUGUCAGGAGGACGCAGGUGCUGGAUGAUGAGUCGGAUUACUUUGCCGCCGAGUCCAAUCCGUGGCUUUCACCCGAUGAGAGAGAGAAGAUGAGGAAAAUGGAAGAAGACUUGCGAGAACUUCGCCACGCCUCUCGCAAGGACAGGAAGAUCACUCUGGAUUUCGCUGGCAGACGAGUCAUCGAUGAGGGGAACGAUAUGAACGAGUAUUACAGCAAGCUGGAUGAGAACCUCAAAAAUAUGAAGAGUGGGUCAACACCACAGACUCCUGGACAUCCUGAAAGAAGAAGUGGAAAGCAAAACCUCAGAGAGCUGGUCAACCCAAACAUUAUGCAGUCUGCGCCGGAAUGGGUGGACAUUGGAGGCAGGGAACGCCAAAAGCAACCCAUGGAGCAGAGGAAAAAUUUGACGGAAGAAAAAGGAGGAGAGGAGCGCCACAGGUUGAGACUCCAAGACAAAGAGCUGCAGGAGAUUUCUGAUGGAGGCUGGUGUCUGAGUAUGCAUCAGCCGUGGGCCUCACUGCUGGUCAAAGGCAUUAAGAGGGUAGAAGGUCGCACCUGGUACACGUCACACAGAGGUCGCCUUUGGAUAGCUGCAGCGGCCAAAAAACCCACAGCUCAGGAGAUCGCUGAGGUGGAACAAAUGUACCGCCACAUCCACAAGAAAGAGCCAAACUUUCCCAAAGAUUAUCCCACCGGAUGUCUUCUGGGUUGCGUUAACGUGACCGAUUGCCUGUCUCAGGAGCAGUUUAGAGAACAGUGCCCUGGUACCUGUGAGGAGUCUGCUUCGCCAUUCGUCUUCAUCUGCAAUAACCCCCAGGAGCUGCUCGUGAAAUUCCCCAUGAAAGGGAAGCACAAGAUCUUGUCAUCAAAGGAUUCAUGCUGCGAUCCUUCCUUUCAUGUAAGUAAACCUGCCUUUCUCUUUCUAAGAAGAUGAGUCUCUUUAAUCGUACGUAUUUACAACGCUCUACCUCUUCCACCAUGUCAGCAUGAACACUUUGUUUGCAGAGCUCGUAGCUGUGCUUGAAUUUUUGCGCUUGGCUUUGCAUUCAUGAGCGGGGAGCUGACCAUGCCGACAUUCCCUCCACGUUUGCUUUGACGCCGAUAAUCGGCUUGUUUUCGUUCCUGAUAAUAUUUUUUCAUUUUUGCUCACGGAAACGUCAUCGUGUUAUGAAAAGAAGGCAAAAAAAUAAAAUAAAAAAUAUACCGCAGCAAAUUUCCCACAAUAUUGAUUCUGGCUCUGGCUUCCCCACCCCGUACCAAACACCCACAAGAAGAGCUGGGGAGGACAGAACCAGUUGGAGGAGUUCGACGAUUGGCUUCCCAGAACAGAGAGAGCCUGCCUGUGCUGGCACAACACCGCUCUGACUCGGGCUCUGCUGAGCACAACUGCCAUCUCUGGGUUUUAUGAUACAGUUAUUGGGAUCUUAUCAUCUAAUAUUUAUCCCACACACACACACACACACCCAGCUACAGUGCGUCUACUGCCUGGUCCUUGUCUGCUGAAUGUUUCAAAAAGCAGUUUACACUUGGCAUGAAAUUCUGUUAAGAUGGAUUUGUUAUUAAUGAAAUCUUGGAUAACCUCUUAGCAGCCUUUGCCAAAUAGUAAUAAUAAAAAAAUAAAACAAAAUUUAAAAAAAAAUCUGGAGAGGUUUCCAUGCCGAAGCAACACUCGCUUCUGGCAGAACCGAGACGCGCUGACAGCCGUUCAAGACGGGCUUGGAAAUGGUGAGCAAGCAGCGCUUGUGCUAAACACCGUGUUUAUGCCGCUGCUACCCACAGAGUUCAGCCAUAACGUGACGGUGUGAAAAAAGAGAGCAUGGGUGACAACUGCAGCUCCUGCCUGUCAGACUUGCAUCAUUCUCAUCCCUGCCUCAGACACGGGGAGAGAAAACAGCCGGCUAAUGCUGCGGCUUCACAAGCGGGAGGUUUGUGUGAGGCGGUGAGACACGGGGUUGUUAUUUGCUCUGCAGUUAAGGACAAGGUCGACACGGGUUAUCGGAAUCCAGCAGGGGCUGUUCUGCAGAAAGAGGACAAAGCAGCAGAGCGUAGUUUGGGAGGAUGAGCUCUAAUGGAGAAAUGUGAUCAAUACUGGGGAUGCUGUAUUGGCAGGAAAAGGUUGCAGUUACGGUAGAUUGGGAGGUCAGCUCUGGUCAGCGGCUUGCAGGGCCGUUUGUUGCUUUCAUGGCCAGCAGCCUUUAUGUGAAUAACAAUAUGCUGAAAUCCUUACUGAAGAUGCACUCUUGACAGAAGUGCUCUGAUAUUUACAUUAUGUGGACUGCGGGACAAAAUAAUGAUAAAUGGACGAUAUUAUGGAAGUUAACGUGUUCUUCUUGAUGUUUUCUGGUGAUAAUAUACAGUUACUUACAUGUUCGAUCCCCACUUUUCACCUGCUCGCCAAUUUGGCUCGUUGGCGACUUCCCUUGGCAGCUUAGUCAUAAAAGUGGUUUAACUUUAACCAUUUCUGUUGUUGGAUCACUAGAAUCUAAUGAAUUAUUAGAUGUUUCAUUUUGUGAAAGAACGAGUUUUACACUUUCUCAACAAAAAUAUGAAAGGACAUGCGAGCCUAAAGCCGGUCGGCUUUGACCGUUUUAUUUGUGUAGUGCAGUUGUAAAUAUGUGUCCUGAAUGAAUUCCUCAAAAUCAGAUUUUUAUCAUAGCGUUCACGCCAGGAGACUCCAACUUCAACAAACUUGGAAUGUUUAACAAAAUAUUUAAGAAAUGAGAGCUGUGCAUUCACCAGAUUCAUGCAGCGUCAAUGCAUAUAAAGUAUUUGAGGUUGCUAGCAUCACACGCGAAAAUAAUUAGCUAGCUAUGCUUUGUCGCUAACAACUUUAUUAGUUCAAUUUUGGCCAAGUACAGUAACGACGUCGCCUCAAGUGUAUAACUUUCAUUUGAAAUCACUGCAAAAAAAAAAAAAAGAAAAAAUAUUGGAUAGCAUGGACAUGUAUGCCAUGUCUUAAAUUGUAUGCUAAAGUCUUAAUUUCAAUUCUGUAUGAAUUAAUACAUUUGUAAAUGAGGAAAAAAUAAAAGAUGUCAGGACAUUUCUGUUUCAUCACCGUAAACUGUCCCACCAAAACAGACACUAGGAGUUUCAAUAUAAUGGUGUUCCACAGGGAUCUAUGUUGGUCCCAAGUAAAUUCUUUGAACAUAGACACAAAUAUGUUUAUUUUUCAAUCCACAUCUCAUUGUCUUUCAUAAAACAUUUUAUUUCCACUGUUCGAAGACAUUACAGUAAUAAUAACUGUAUUAAAAACCUUCCCUUUGGUGAUGCAGGCCUGCUGUAUUUGGCCGAGUUGUCGAACUUAACUUGAAGACGUAGCAUUUAGUGGUUUCAUUGUGUCUCGGUUGCAUUUAAUGCUCCUGUAAUUAAAGUCUGUGAUAAACCUCUGAAUUGAAGCUCGUCUUGUUUUGCUGCCAACAAAAGCUGUUUUCCAGUCUCCUCUGUUGAAUAAAAGGUCUCAUUGGUCUUUUCCUUCAUCAUCUCGAUGUCUCUGUGCAUCAACCCGAGGCCGCCUGUAAUCAGCAGCCCUUGAGCUCUCAGAAAGGUCAUUCUGUCCCUUUGAUGGUGUUUUGAUUCAUCCCUUCCUCUUUUCUCUCCUCCCACCCUUCCUCUAUUCCACUGCCCUCUCCACUC